CGAUAUGCAUAUAAACACUUACACAGUCCUUCGUAGUUAGAUUUUGAAAAGCCUACCCUUAAAAUACAUAAAAGUAGCAUCGCUGUGCUGCACCUCCAUAGCAGGAAACAAAUCCUACUCACUCAUCCACAAACAGAAAUUGUCAAACACGUGCUGGAGGGGAGAUGCGAGUGUUGGGUCGCUAAGUGCUCUGCUCCCUCCCCCCUGUUUCUCCAUCGCCAACCCUCCCUUUCCUUCCUCCCCCUUGUUCACCUUGUCUGUUCUCGCUUUUAUUGUUGCGUCAGAGCCAAAGCGAGGCAGCCACGAGAGAAGCAUGCCGGGGGAGAGCGCUCACAGAUCCGUCCCUGCCAACGAGCAUCCAGGACAGGGAGAGAAUGACACCGGGCUUCCUGGACCAGGUAAAAGCAGACACCCGUCCACAGCUUCUACACCCAGUGACAGUGGCUCCUCCAUUUCUGACAGUGGUUCAAGCCCUUCUCCCAGCACUCCCCAGAAACUGCUACUGUCACACACUUCUCCAUUUGGACCCAGACUAUUUCAUGCAACACCCAACUCCACCGGGACUCCAAGACCUCAACCUGAAGGGUCUGACCAUCGGCACAACCUGUCAAGAUUGUCUGGAAAAUUAGGUGGUCAUGGACCUUGUGGCCGCCUUGUCCCUGUUAAAAUGGAGAGAAUCAAAGUCCUGACUGGUUCUGAAGUGGAGAGUGAUUAUCCAGAGCCACAGACCAUGGACACAAGGGUGGUGAUGGGCCAAGAGACAUUCCUCAAACCAUCAGAAAUCUUGAAAGGGACACACUGUGGACAGGCUAACCCCUCAUCUGUCAUGAAAAGCUCGGCUGAAACUCAGACAAAAGCAAACAAGGCUCAGAUUGAAGUGAGUGAUGAAAAGUGCAAAAUUGUAAUUCUGAACAAAGAAGAUAAGAACACAGAGCCUGAUUUACCCUCAACUCUGCACAUUUCCCCUGGAAUCAAUCUUGCAUUACCCUCUCCCGUACCUUCCUCAUGUCUGGGUCAUGUCACAGAUGACGACAAUUUGAUAAAAAAAGAUGAGGGUCAAAGCCUUUCUAAUGUUGAAGUGCCUUCCCAGUCUGUCCGUGAGCAGGCCUGUCCAGUAACUUUGUCCUUUUCUGAGCCAACUUAUUCUGUCGAUCCACUCCGAGUAGGUGUGCCCUCAUCCCUUGACCCUGACUUGUAUUAUACCGCCCCUUCCACUCCAAUCAAGAUGGUGUCACACUCCUCACAUCUUAAACAUCAUUCAUAUCCAGGCUCUCCUGCUUUUGUUCACUCGCCAGGCUUACCCUCAGACAGUGACGACCUCUGCUCCCCUGUAACCUCCCCUUCUGGCUCUUACAUGACAGCUGAGGGAGGAAGCUGGACCUCCUCCUACGCAUCUUCCAACUCCCCUUCCACUUCUCCUAACAUGCUGCUUGCAGAUGACACACAGGAGGCCCGGGCUUGUUUUGUGAGCUCCUUGUCUGAGAUUGGAGAUGAAGUUGGUGAGGACAAGUUGCGCACAAGUCCAGAGCAUGAGGGGGAGAGAGUAGGGGAGUUAUAUAUUAACACCUCUGAUAAUAUAAUUAAUCCACGACUUGGGGUAACCGAUGCAACAAUACUUGAAGAAGAGGAGGCUCAACUUGAUGACAAUGAAGCCAAGAUUUUGAGAGAAAGUUGUCGUCCUCAUUGGGUUACUGAGCAUACGCCACCACCAAGGAGUAGUAGCAGCCAUACUAGUGACUCUCAGGAGGAUGGUGGAGAGUCUGAGAGUUCUCUCUGUCCGCUGGAGGAGACCAGUGCAGGGAAGGGAGAGCACUCCAGAUCCAUUCAUGCUAUUCUCGAUCUGCAACUAGACCCAUGUUUAUCCGAGGUCAAUUACGGACAAACAGUUAAUCAACCAGCGAAAAAGACCUCAGCUGUCACUCCUGAUUUAGCCACAUCCAACCGUAGUCCUGAUUCACCAGUUGCUCACCUGGAUUCUUUCUGUCAUGAAGCCUAUGGUAGACUCGGCCCCAGUUCUUUUAUGUUUCCUCAGGCAGCUUAUGCAGAGAAUUUACCAGAUGAAGAAAGGAUGAUCCCUGUCUCUCUUAUCCCAUUUCCUCCUCACACAAGCCUUAUUUUCAAUGCUGAUUCUUUUGAAAUCACCCUCUUUCCCACAGAAGAUGACAAUGACAUAGUUAUGGAUAGAAAUUCAGGCAAGGAUGUCGAUGCAUAUGCUGCAGGUGAGGAAGAAGCAGAUGUUGAAGAUGAUGAUGAAGAAGAUGACGAUGACUAUGCUUAUGAUGAUGUCAAUGGUAAUAAAUCUGUGGAAGGUGGGCAUGAUGAGGACGAUGAGGAUGAUUAUGAUGAUAAUGACUUUCCUGACAUUGGUGAGGCAGUUGAGGAAGCUAAGGUGGAGUUGAAAGUGGUUGAAGAGGAAGAAGAUGAAGAAGAGCAAGAUGAUGAAGAGGGGGAAUAUGUCAGGAAAGUAGUAGAGGGUGCUACUGAUGAGGACAGCUCUGUCUCCUUUAUUCAUACACUGUCAGAGACAUCUAUAAAUGAAGGUAUGGAUGAUUUCUUCUGUUUUCAAGAUGAUACGGAUGACUCAUUAGACUCUGCCUCCUAUAAUGGGGAGGAAGAUGAACGCCUAUACAGUACUGAGAGGCAUGCACAGUCACUUGAACCAACUACUGAAAUGCAAUCAAAAUCAGAGGAAGGAUAUGACACUGCAGUGGGUCUAUCGGUAUCUUUGUCUCCAAAGCAAAGUCCAGAUUUGAUAGUGAAUCACUUUGAUAAAAGUUGUCCUUCUGCUGACAUGUCUGCCGAGUCCAGUGAAAUAGAACACAAAUCAGCAGAAGUACCAGGCUGUUGCAAUUCAUUAGCUCAAGCAAAAUCUGCACAAAUGGAUGGCAUUUUUGCCAAACCAUUAACAGGUUACCAUCAACACGAUUCCACCAGCAAAGUCAAUGGGACUACGAGUAAGAUAAUAGGAGAUUUUGUUUCUCUUGAGGAGUCCAAACCCAGUCCUUGGGAUAUCUCUCACAACAACCCUGAUGCCCACUCAUACCACUCCCCUUUUCUUGGGACACAAGCAACUACGGACCCAGACAAUCCAGUUCUUCAAAAGGAAUCCGCAUACGUGGAUGGUAUGACAGAUGUUAGCUUGAAACAGCCAAGUGAAGGUGCAGAAGAAGAUCCCAUUCCAGAAAGGGAUUCAUAUAAAUUACUCAUUAAUCAUAGUCAUUAUCAGUCAGGAAGUCAUGUAGCUUCAGGAACAAGUAGAAUUGUAUCAUCAGAGUGGUCAUCUAAUAGACCUCCUAAACUUGAGGGAGAGGACCUGAUCAAGAGGAAUGUAAAUGUCAGGACCGAGAUACGCAGGGUUGACUGUAGAGCCUCUGAUUUGGGUUCCUUGAGUUUUGAUAUGACCACUGCUACUAAUGACUUAAAUAAAGGCGUCCCUCCUCUCUCCUCUCCUAAAGAUACAAGUCCCAACCCCAGUAAUAUCCCUAUUUGUACCUCUCCUGAGGUUAUUUUCGGACUUGCAGACAACUUGCCCAUGACUCCUGAACAUUGCUCUGCUGACUACGGCCAGGAGAACUUGAGUACUGAUGAGAGGGUACUUGGUCCGUUAGGAUCCCCUCACUCUCCUCUAGCCAUCUCACCCAAAAGGGAAAAUUCAGAAACAGACACAAGAAAAACCAUUGAUCCAGAAGAAAGGAUUUGGUGUGAUGAUAAGGCUGAAUUUCAUUCGGGAUCUGUAUCUGAAUUUGAAGUUUGGGGAGCAGGAGAGUCUCUGUCUUUGUCUCUGGGGAAGAAGUAUGAGUUAGAGGCAGAGCGUGUACUCAUGUGUGACACACAAGGCCGAAGGACACAGACUAGUGUGAAUCCUCUGCUGGGAAGUGAAGCAUGCCAAAAAUAUGACAACGCUCAUGGUUAUGUUCAGGAGAGAAAAGAUAACAGAAUAAAUGGAAAAAGGCAUCAGGCAGAAGAUAAAGAACUGAUAGCAGGUGGGACUUCUGAGUUCAACAUGGUUUGUUGGAAGUCCAUUGAGGAGAUCUCAGAGGCUGGUGGUGGAGAGAGGAGAUUCCCCCGCAAUGACUUCAAUGAUCUAAAUCAUGGCAAUGAUGGAGAUAACACAGAAAUGCAAAUACAAGUAACACGAAUGGACUCUAAUAAUAAUAAUAAUAAUGACUCUACCUUUGAUAUACAGCUAGUAGCAAUGAGUGAAGGUCUGAAUGCUCUGUCAGAGGCAGAUAGGCCUGAAUUUGGGAGUGUCAAGGUCAGAGAAUCCGUUUCUAAUAUUCCGCUAGAAGAGACGCCAUUAAUAGUUUCCAUCACAAUGCCUAAUGACCAAGAAGAACCAUUGAACGGUGCUAUGAAGCAAAUAUCAGACAAAACACAAACACCGUCCUCAAAGGAAGGUCACUAUAGCUUGCCCUUAAAUAACACCUGUUUAGGCAAAUCUGCAUCAACCCCAAAUCCAGAAAAAAGUCCAAAUCAACGGACAAUCACUCCAGAUGCUAUCACAGGAUGUUUUUUACUAAAUGGAUCCUUCGGUUCCUUUAUUCCUACCAAAUCUAAAUCUAAUGCAUCUGCACCCAUUCACGGUGCAAAAAAAAGUUUGCAAUCAGAACUGGAUGAGACAGUGGUGGUUCCUGAAACUGGAGCUCCCCCAAAAUGUAAUCCCAACCAUCUGAUUGACAGACAUGAUGCACCACAGUUUACAGCUGACUCUAAAGGACAGCAUAAUGUGAGUUUGAACUCAGGGAUAGACGAAGAAAGAAAUACCAAAAGACUGACUAAGAGAUGCACACAGAAUGAUAAAAAGAAAAAAGAAACUCCCUCUUUCCCACAGCCUACCCUGGAAGAUUUUGCACAUGGCUCUGCUAAGGGUGCACUUUGCCCAGAGAAAGCUGGUGCUGCUAAGAAAGGACGAAGACAGAAAAAACGAAAGGCCUUGGUCACUAGUUUGGACUGCAGCCCUGAAAUUCCUGAUGAUGAAAAGAACUCUCUUGCUACCAAACACACUUUAAUAGAUGGAAGCUCAAUGGCGAUUGGCGGCCUUUCAAAAACUAGUAAUGUUAAAAAGGCUAACAAUAUGUCAUCAGCUCAGUUUCAUGAGAAAAAGGACAAAUCUGAAUCACUGGUUCGAAAUGAAAAAUUGCAAAAUAACUUGAGCCGCAACUCUGACAAACCUACUCCAGAGAACCUCAAUACCGUAGAAGACAUUAACCAAGAUUCACACCAGGAACAAGUAGGCCUUGACAACAGAGCACAAAUCCUUGACAACAGACAAGAAGUGCUUGAUAACAGGCCACUGACAAAUUAUGGGAGAGGAAUCAGAGUGGACAUAAAUGAUAACAACAUAGAUGAGGAUCAGAACUCACCAUCUAACAUGCUACUCACUUCGUUUCCUUCUUCUGCGUCGCCUGUAUCCCCUUCCUCCUACAUCCCUCUAGCUUUGAUGGAGCCACAACAUGACCUUCCAAAACCUGUGCAAGAAUCCCAACCCGCACUUUUAGUCCACCAAUUGCCUUGUCAUGAGACACUUUACUCCACAUGUCUGACAAGUCAGCAAACACUUUUUCCCCAAUUUCCUCCCAAUGACGAAAACACUACUAUCACCCAUCCUGAACUAACUGAACCCGUUCCAAACAUUUCUUUACCCCCACAUUCAUUUGUGUCAUCCCAGUCAACUCAGGACUUAUCUUCAAUCCCUUUACCCCACACCACCAAAAAUGGUUGCCCAAAGGAUGUUCACAAAGAUUCCAGUCAAGCUGAGAGAUGCACUGACAGCGAGGAGGGUUGUAGAAUCUCUCCAUGUGUUCAAAAAGCAUCAGGAAACAAAAGUGGAUCUAUGGAGAAAACAGCAACAGCAUCCCAACAAAAGGAAACCUACCAAUUCUCUUCUCAUCAGUCAACCAACAAAGAGUCACACUGUUCAGUUAACCAAAGCCACACAAUUUCUGAAGACUUCAAAAACAGUUGCUCUCUAGUUGCCUCUUGUAAUGACUCAGAGAGUGAAGGCUCAGUCCCUGAUCUGGAGGAAGAGCCAGUGAGACCUCCUCAACUACAGUCCUUCUCAUCUGCAGAUGAAGUCCCAAACAAACCAAAACAGAGCCGGAGUGAGAAGAAGGCGCGCAAGGCCAUGUCUAAACUGGGCCUAAAGCCAGUCCACGGUGUGACCAGAAUCACCAUAAGAAAGUCCAAGAGUAUCCUGUUUGUCAUUAGCAGACCAGACGUGUUUAAAAGCCCUGCGUCAGAUAUUUACAUUGUGUUUGGCGAGGCCAAGAUUGAGGAUCUUUCUCAGCAAGCUCACAAAGCUGCCGCAGAGAAGUUCAAGGUGCCUGUGACGUCCACUCCCUUGGCACCCCCACUUCCCCCCAGCCUCAGCAUUAAGGAAGAGAGUGAAGAGGAGGAAGAGGAGGUGGACGACAGGGGUCUGGAGCAGAGGGACAUCGAGCUGGUGAUGGCCCAGGCCAACGUGUCUCGGGCCAAAGCCGUCCGUGCAUUGAAACACAACAAGAACGACAUAGUGAACGCUAUCAUGGAGCUGACCAUGUGAAUGGUGUGGGUGAUUUGAAGUUGACCUAUCCCUGCUUGACCCAAAGCCUAAACACUACUCUGUAUCGCUGCUACUGUAUGUUGCAUCACCAAUAGCUGCUUAAGAAAUAAAGUUUGUUAGAAUGCAAGCUUUGCUGAAAGAAAUGCACUGAUCCCUCCAGAACAUAAAACGCCCUGGCCCUUGAUCAGCUUUACAUUCUGUUAUCAGAUUCCUCAACAGCCCUACCCCCGUUAUUUUUGCUUGUCCCACACAAUGAGCAUGUUAAGCAUACAGUAACUUACUUCACCAUGCAUUCAAUCUAUUACAACAACAAUCUGUAUCUGAAAUUCUUUUGGCAAAGAAAGUUUAAAAUUAAACUUUUCUGCUACUAAUGACUAGUCCAACGUGUACUUAAAUAUUUUGUCCUCUACAAAAAUCUUAACUGCUGUUAAAACCGCACACAUAAAACUGUCCAUUAAAGGCCACCCUACACCUGAAUAACUACCGAUUUAUAUGUUUGAUAUAUUCAUUCAGAUGAAACCAAAUAAUUCUCAUUCAAAUCAAAAUUCUUCCACUUAGUUAUCUGUGAAUGUCAAGAAACUAUAAGACAAUACAAACUACUGCAACACAUCCUGGGGGGGGAAAUGUAUUUUAUUGUAUUAUUGGGAUAAUGACAGUUCUUACAGCUCAGGGAUGUGUAUCUUACACUUACUGGUUCAAACAUGAAUGUAAUACACAGUGUAAUAGAAGAGCUUUGGUAAAGCUCUUUUGAAAAUAUAGUAAGUUUGGCUUGUGAUUCUAUAUUGGAACUUGCACUUACAACAUUUAUCAUUCUUAAUCUAACUACUGCCACGAUAUCAUUCCGUUUUGUACAACAGCUGCUGAUGGGAUUCAUCUUUCUUAUUUUUUUUCCCCCUUUUGAGUUAUUACACAAAGCAUAUUAUUAAAAAUAGAUGACUAUUUGGUUUUGAAGACAAAACGAAUUACACUAAUGAUAUUUCUUCAAUAUUAUAAUCUUGUUUGAUCCAGAACCACAACAUAUUUGUAACGGAAAAACUAUCAACAAUAACAUCAAAUGGGAAAAUGGGUAACAAUGGCGAUAAUACAAUGAAGUACUUUUAGUUAAAAGUAGUUCCAAUAUGUAGUUAAAGAGAAAAUGUGAUGCAGCAGGAAAAACCAAGGAUAGUUUUUUUUGCAAAAUUUAAUUAAAGGGAAGUCACAAUUGUUCUGUUUUAGUAAAAUAUGUGAUUAGAAACACAUAAAAUAUUGCCAUUGAUUUACAAAAUCUAUAAUAUUUAGUACAUGUUUUGACCUACAGAGGUCGCCAUGUAUUAAGCGCGCACUGGACGCUCGGGGUGAUGACGUAGUUUGUCACUGUCACUAGACGAACACUACUAGGUUACUGGAAUUCCUUUUACGCGGCGAGAUGUCCAACACAUUCGCACAUCAGUUAAAAGAGGCGAGUACUUACUAUUUGUCUUUUUAUUGAGUCUUUUAUGACAUUUUCAUUGCCUCAAAAUACUUUUUGCUCGUUUUUUUCCUCUAAUACUGUUUAGCAUUGUGUUUUCUUGUGGUAGCUUUAAAGCAGAUUGUUGACCACAUUAGUCACGUAGCAUAUUUGAACCACCCUUAUUUUAUAUUACUAGGCUUAAGUAUUUUCUAAAGGCAUCUUUAGUACGUUCUGUCUGUAUGCAUUUAAAAAACAACAACAAAAAAAGCUGAAAGCGCACGGUAGUACUUUGGGUGUCAAAUUUACCUCCUGUAGGAUGUUCGCAGGUGUUGCACAUUUUUGCAAACCGUUUUUUUUUUCUACUCUCGUCUCGUCUCAUUCUGUCUUUUCUGUUCAUUUUUCUUUUGCUACUCAUUUUGUGAAAUAUCGACAGUGCUGUCAUUCUCAUUAAUGUUCCUCUCGGGUUCAAAUUAAAAGGGUUCAACAGAUGACAUGUUUAUGUCGCUUGAGUCAUAGUCUGGAAGCCGAGCAUUGUUACCAUGUGACGUCACCCCCCUGCGAUGUCAACAACAAUGGCAGCCUACUAGUUACACAAAUUUUACAAAUUG